GCAGCGUCACCCAACAGCGCCCACCAUGUCAUCGCCGAACAAGAUCACGAAGAUUGAGGUAUUCCGCGUUCCGCCGCGAUGGCUCUUCGUGCGUGUCGAAACAGAGUUAGGCAUCGUCGGAUGGGGCGAGGGCACUCUUGAAGGCCACACUGAGGCAAUCGAGGGCGCGUUCAAGGAUCUCGCGGAGCGCUUCAUCGGAUGGGACGCCGAACAGAUCCAGGACAUCUGGCAGCACGCCUAUCGCUCUCGGUUCUACAGAGGUGGCCCGGUGCUCAUGUCUGCCCUCUCGGGACUUGACAUCGCGCUGUGGGACAUCAAAGCCAAGCGUUUCGGUGUGCCCGUCUGGCAACUCCUUGGGGGGAAGGUGCGCGACCGCGUCCGAGUGUACGUCUGGGUCGGUGGUGACAAGCCAUCGGACGUGUACGACGGCGCGGCGGAGCGCCGCGCACAAGGCUUCACCGCAGUCAAGAUGAACGCGACGGAAGCAGUGAGCUGGAUCGACACGCCGUUGCUGCUGGAGGACACCGUCGCGCGUGUGCGCGAGGUGAAGUCGCUUGGGCUGGACGUUGGUAUCGACUUCCACGGGCGGCUGCAUAAGGGGAUGGCGAAGCAGCUCGCGAAGGCGCUUGAGCCGCUGGCGCCCCUCUUCAUCGAAGAGCCGCUGUUGCCCACACAGGUAGAGGAGAUUGGAGACCUCGCGAAGAUGGUGUCUACGCCGAUCGCUCUAGGAGAGCGACUGUACUCCCGGCACGACUUCCGCCCGUACUUGGAGCGUCGCGCAAUAGACAUUGCGCAACCUGACGUCUCACACUGCGGUGGGAUCAGCGAACUGCACCGUCUCGCGUCGUACACGGAGACAUACGAUGUCGCGCUAGCCCCGCACUGUCCGCUGGGCCCAAUCGCUCUUGCCGCGUGCAUGCAGGUCGCCGCUUCUGCACCAAACUUUGUCAUACAGGAAAUGAGCUUGCAGAUGCAUUACAACGAAGGUGCAGAUUUGCUCACAUAUUUGGUGAACCCCGCCGUGUUUGCCGUCAAGAACGGCUACGUCGAGGUGUUAGACGGACCGGGCCUCGGAGUUGAGAUCAACGAAGCCCUCGUACGAGAAGCCGCUGCCAAGCAUUCCACCGAGAAGGCCUGGAGAAACGCGGUGUGGAAGGGAGAAGAUGGUAGCCUGCGCGAGUGGUAAACAUCGGACAAGUCAUGGAUCUCAGUAAUCACUCAAUCAUCGGUAUAUACAUGAG